UUGUAUUGAUUUCAAAACCGGUAGUUGUAUAUUUAUAUCUACAUAAUCGCUAUAAUAAAAAUGUAGCACUAAAUAGUAUCCAAAAAACAAUUUAUCAGCUGAACCCCUUUUUCGUACUUAUAAAAUCAACUCUUUCUUCCGAUGAUUUUGUUUUUUUUUAUUUUUACAUUCAAUUAGCAUAAUUAUAUAUUCUUUACAAGUUUCAAUGCAUUCAUUUCUUUCCUUAUUUCAAUUCUGAACAUGCGACAUAUAUUAGUGGAACAAAAUACAAAGUUCAAUAUCGUUUGUAUAAAAAACGGUCUUAUAUUUGGAAGAUAAUAUAUCUGGCAUAAUUUUUGUAUCAACGCCUGCGUGCCGGACACUUUAAAGGGCAUGUGCUCCUAAUAUUAUAGAAUAUUUGAAUAUUAAAAUGUCGAACAUUGUAUAGUUAUGAUAUUGUAAUUAAACCGAUAACAUUUACAAUAGUGGCAAUGGCCGAUCAGGAUGCGAAUAAUAAUAUCCUUCCAUUAAGGGAAAAUUUAGUAAAAACUGCUGUGGAGUUUUUAAAAAAUCCUAAAGUAGCAAGUAGUCCUGUAGGUCCUAAAAGGGAAUUUCUUAAAAAGAAAGGUUUAACGGAGGAGGAGAUUAAAACAGCUUUUAAAUUAGCUGGUGUCGAUGUAACAGUUGAGCAAAAUGCUUAUAAUUCAAACGAUUAUACUGUUGUUCCAGUUCCACCAGGCCAAGUUUAUCCAUAUUUACAAACAUACCCAUAUCAAUUAACUCCUUUCCAAAAAAUUAGAGAGUUCUUUAAUACUGCUGCUUUAAUUGGCACCACUAUAUAUUGUGUUUAUUGGUUUUAUAAGAAAUUUAUUAAACCACUUUUAUUUGGGAGGAAAAAGAAAGAUAGUAUACAAGAUUCGGUCAAUGAAUUAGACAAGACAAUUCAAAAUUCUAUGAAAGAAGUAAAGCAAUCUAUUUCGAAAGUAGAGGAUGAUGUUCAAAAAUUGACACAGAAUCAGUCUAUUGACCCGGUGAUACCACAGUUGGUACAAGAACUGAAACAAGAUUUAGCUAGUCUCAAAUCCUUACUUUUAUCAAGAAAACAAUUUCCAAGUGCACCGGCAUCUGUACCAUCUAUAUCUAUACCGUCGUGGCAAUUAGAUGCUGCAGGUACAAAUCAGGAUAAACCAAAUGAACGAGAAGAUGAUGCUAGAAGUGGAAGUAGUACUAAUAAUUCAGAUAGUUCUCUGGAAAUGAUUCGCGAGGAUCCACCGAAGGUGUAAAUAAUUACUUCAGAAACAUUCACUUCCAUCAUAAAAAUCUUCGAUAUGCAGAAUAUUCUGUGAUGUUUAUUCAAAGAAAUAUAUCAUUAUAUUCUGAUUGUAUGUAAUAUAUAUUCAUACAUAUAUAUAUAUAUAUAAAUAUAUAUAUAUGUAUAUGUAUAUUGAAGUCGAUGUUCUUGGGCUUAAUUUAAGCUUAAACCUUGUCCAGCAUUAUUUUAUCUUUGUACUGUAAAAUUGAAUUGAAAUCAUAUUUAUUCUUACAAAUGGUACUAAAGGUUAUUUAUAAAACAAAACGAUACAUGUAAGGCAUUACUUUUUAAGUAAUAUUAAACGUUAUAAAUAGUGGUUGUUACUUAAUGUCUUUUAAAAAACCCUAGAAAAAUUAGCAUUUUUUUUAAUCCCUUCAAUUAUUAGCAUCGAUGUUCCAUCCCUGCUUUUAAAGGCCUCGUAUAUUGUUGAAUAACUUUUAUGCAAAAUAAAAAUGAAAGAACCUCGUACGAAAUAAGAACGUUCUUUUAAUAUCCAUCAUAAUGCUAGCACACAUUGCUGUUCGAUAUUAUCUAUUACAUAACAGAAAUAAUCUGGUAAAAAUAUUUAACAAUGUACUAGGAAGGGUAUACAAACCAAAGAUACAUACUAUCUUUACAAACUAAGUAUGUACAUCUUUUUAAUCUGUACUUAAAUUUAAAAAAGACAAUCGCGA